AGAAGUAGCGAGCCGCGGCAGACUUAAAAGUGGCGAAGUUUUUGGAUCUUUAUUAAUUAAGACUGGAUAGCCGUCCAAUUCUAAUUAGUUGGAUUCAGAACGCGAAAAGAGUCUGUUCGCUUUGGUUUGCAAAAGAUUUCCUCGGAUAAAAGCUUAAUUUUAAAUAAAAAAAAGUUUAUGUGAGAGUCUCUGGGCUUAUCAGCUUAAAUCUCUUUACAGCCGUAGCAUCAACACGUCGGCAAGAUGGAGCUGAGUAAAAUAGUUUUAGUGUUCGGAUUAGCUGUGGUCGGUACGAUUCUUGGACAAUUUAGUGAAGUAAAAGUAAAGCACUUUACGGGCUGCGAGUCCGCCGGACUUUGUUGUCAAGAAAAAAAUAACACGUGUUAUGUACCAAAUUCUCGGAAAAUGGAUGGAACUAUCGGCAACUGUUUCUGCGAUAGUAAAUGCAUUCAAAUGAAAGACUGUUGUUCAGAUUUCCAAGACACAUGCAAAGCCAAAGAUUGCAUCUUAAGUGAAUGGACGCCAUGGACGGGAUGCAGCAACACUUGCGGCCGAGGGAGAAUGACGCGAAAACGUCAUGUCAUCCAGCACCAAGCCUUCGGCGGGAAACACUGCCCCGGAAACACUAAAGCCAAGAAAGUGUGUCACGGGGAUUCUACCUGCUUGCAACAAAGCGUAGAGUAUUCUCGAGAGGAAAUGCAGGAGGUGGGUUACAUCAUGCCGGCCAACUUCUCCCACUACCGUGUGAGCGAAGCUUACAGCCCCCAGCACGACAUCCGCAAAAACCUUUUCUUCAAAAACUUUGAUAAUAUUAUACCGAGGAGAGUCGCGUACAAGGCAGUGUUUAAGGUAACCCAUUCCGGUGUUGGGUGUCAGAAUUCCCCCUGGGCCAAUGUUCUACGUGUCGGAGAUCAGGUAUGUGUCGAGUGCCAGCCCACGUCCAUGAACAAGCGUCUCGAAAGGUGCCGCGGACACGGCGUGUACGGCCAGAACACCACAUGGAAGGCCAUCGAAGUGCGACACUGCCAUGGCAAGUGGAAGAUGAUCAGCCCCCAUGAUGACACUUCUCUUUGCAAACUCAGUGACCACUCGUUUGUGCUCGUAUAAUGUUUCCCUGAGCGGGAAAAUGGCUAGACGUACGCCUUUUGAGUCAUACAAUUCUAGAAGUAUUGUGGUCUUAUGGUUUUCGAUGCAAUAUAUCUUGUUAGCAAAGCUUUAGAGAGUUUACACAUAUGUAAAAAAUAUCAGAAAGUUUGUGUUAAUUCGUCAAAAUUUGUUGGAUAUUUUACCAAUUAUAUGAAAACAUUGUUAAAUUAUGAAAAAGUGAAAAGAUUGGUACCUAAAUCUUACCAACGCGAAAAAGUCUCAAAAAUGAAAUUGGAAAUUUAUGGGUAUACAAGAACUUUGAAGAUCACAUAGUUUGCAGUAAAAUCAGAAACCUUGAUGAUAUCACUGACAAAUUCAAGUAACACAUGGUACAUUGUAUGCAUUUGUGAUAGGUCUUCAAAGGUUUCUGUGUUUUGCGAAGUUGGUUGAGCGGGGUGCUGAUUUGUUCGAUGUUUUUUUGUGUGUAACGCGAGUAUUAUGCGAACAUAUGAUAUGAAUCGGGAUGAAUCUUAUAAAGCAGUUGAUUGCUUUCCUACAAAGACUGUAUUGUACCAUAUUGUCGGCUUAUCUUCAUUGUAGGCUUUUAGGAUAUAUACGGCAAAAAAUGAUUUGUUAAAUGACUUAUUUUGCAUUAGGGACAAGCUCUUAUCAUGAAUGAUUUGUCACAACUGUGUUAAUGUGCUUUCAAUGGAUAUGUUUGUAAAUAUUCUCUAUAAUAUAACCUGUAUUCUCACACAUUUUUGUAAGCAAUUCUAUAUCGACAUAUUUAAUAACCUAUCAUCUUUGUAAAUUUGAUUUUUCAUGGCCAGUAAAAGUUACUUUGUUUCAUGGUAUAUGGUUGGUGUGAGAAGAAAAUUCUUUAUCAAAUGAAGUAAAAUGAUCUAAUAAUAAUUAGUAUAUAAGAACUACACAAUUUUUGCUGAGGUGUCAUUGGAAUACAUUAGAAAACGAAAAUGCUUAAAAAAUGUUCAUUAAAAAAUGUCCAUUUUCACAUCGUUAUUUUAAGGGCCAACUGUAUGUGCAAACUUAGAAACAAAAUUCGAAGGACCAUACAUAUAUUUGUCUGCACUAAAUAAAAUUAACAGAUGUCUCUUAAGCUUAGUUAAAUUUCUAUAUUACGUUUAUUUAUUUACAUAUAACAUCCAGAAUUUCACCAACGAACCGUAACUCUUGUUUUUAACUCAGGUUCAGAUGGCCAGAAUAGCUUUAUGAAUGACUGCAGAGAGAUAUUUCUAUAUGUAGCAUGUUGCUUGCAUCUUAAACUUACACAUGUACUAAUGUAUGUAAAUAUUUAAAGCCUUAUUUCGUAUUUUGUUGAAAUGAUAAAUGUUUUCAUUCAUGCAACCACCUGAAUCAGGGCAUUGAUCAAUUGUAUUAUCUGUCAUUUCAUAAAUUGGCCGAUUUUACUGCCAAAAUAUUAAUGCAUUUCUGAAAAAAUAUGAAAACUAGACCCAUCUGUAUCAGUAAUUUUCACUGAUAAAAAUAUUUCUUAUCGAGAGAUCAUUUCCAAGCUUGACAGAACAUGUACUAUUUAUCAGAUAUGCAGAUUUUCAGAUUUUUGGUGUACAUACAUUUUUUUCUGCUAUUGCCGCUUUUAGCUCCGAGGACAUUUUUGCGAGGCUAAUGCCAAUGCCAAUGCCUACGCCACAUUAAAAGUACAGCAUCAAUGUGCCAGACUCCAUUUCAUUUAUCCACGCUGUAAUCAUUGUUUCAUACAGUUUUCUGUAAAAUUGAAGAUAUAAAUGUGAAUUAGAAUACCUUUUUUUUGAAAGUUUUGUGUAAUGUUAUUUGUAGGAAAAAUCUUUCGGUUUUAAAUGUGCAUGCUUGCAAAAAAUAUGUAGUAUCUUAUAUGUACGCGAAUAAUGUAUUUAUAGAUACAGACCUCAUUUUGAUAGGUUUGCUUUCAAAUAUUAAAGUACCAUUUAUGUAAAUAGGUCUAUUAACAUUACAUUUAAAUCAAGCAAUAAACAAGCAUGAAAACUAUUUACGACUGUAAAUGCAUGUUUGAAAAUACAUACAUGACAUUCUAUGCCAAAUUAAGUUAAUUCUGCAAAUUUUUAGAUCUAUUUUUAUUAUUCUGCUGAAUUGCAGAGAAUAAAAUGGCCUGAAUGGUCUAUUGGUAUAGGAGUCCAACGGUCACCAAGACGUUGUGGGUUCGACCCCGACCAGGGCACUUUUUCAGGGCCUCUCAAAAUGGACACAAUUACUGGUUUUUACAAAAAAAAACAGACUCAAAUGUGAAUCUAUAAGCUAUCGGCUUACGUCACAAUCAAGCUACGAGAAAUUAGUGUAAACUUCAACUAAGGUGACCUGAAAACUUCAUUAGUCAUAACUCAUCAGCUGUAAUUUUAUCGCAGAAUCACUUUUUUUAUUAAAGCAUUUUGUUUUUCUUUGAUAAAGCCAAAGUUUUGUUUUACUUAUUAGACAUUUUGUUUUGUGAUAAUUUUAUAUCUGACGUCAAGGUUGCAUUUUUAAAUGCAAAGCAAUCUUGGCAUUUUUUUCUAUUUCUUGUACAAAAUUUGCCCAGUUUUACAAUAAAAUACCUAUUUACUA